AUGACCGAGAAAGGUGCAACUUCUUUCACUCCUGUUGAGCCUUCCAUGGCACAAUCUGACGUGCUUCAAAGGAAGAUGAGACUCAUGCGCUUUGCGUUCAUCAUGAUCUUCGCUCUAUUUGCACUAAUCGUCACAAUCUUGGUGUUUGCACUAGUCGCAAUACGUGUUAAAACGCCACGAGUUGAAAUUAGGUCGGUCAACGUUGAAGGACUCUAUGUUGGCAAUUCAACCUAUAACAUGACACUCAUUGCACAAAUUGAAAUGAAGAACAAGAAUUUUGGGGACUACAAGUAUGAUAGAACCACCAUGAGUAUUAGCCAUGGAGGUGUGACCGUUGGGGAUGGUGUGAUUUGGAAGGGAAAUGUGAAAGCUAGGGACACAUAUAGAAUGACUGUUACAACGAAAGUGAGCUCGAGUGGCUUGUUGGAUGCUUCGAGACUGAGUAGUGAUAUCGGUUCGGGGGUUUUGAUGCUCAACAGUGAAGCUAGGUUGAAAGGGAAGGUCUAUUUGAUGAAGUUUUGGGGGAUAGAGCUUCAAUUUGUGAAGAAGAGAAAGAGUGCUGAGAUGAAUUGUAUCAUGGAACUUAAUUUGACUAGUGGAGGGAUUCAGAACAUGGAUUGUGAUCAUUAA